GCACCGCACGCUAUUCGUCCCUCCAAAUCCGAAACUUCGAAACCCACACACACAACUCAAAACAGCAAGCGCUUGCUUUGCUCCUUCGUUUCCUCCUCUCUCACUAGGGGCUAGGGUUAGGGUUAGGGUUUUGCGUGCUUGCUUGGGGUUCAAACCCUAGCUGCAGCAAUGGCCAGGUACAGAAGCCGAAGCAGAAGCUACAGCCCUCGUCGACGCAGCCGGACUCCGCCACGUGGACGCAAGCGAUACGACGACGACCCUCGUGAUCGCUACCGUGAAAGCAGGUCUUACAGAGACCGUCGCUCACCCGCUCCUUCUGGCCUGCUCGUUCGAAAUCUUCCUCUCGAUGCCAGGCCUGAAGAUCUUAGGAUCCCAUUUGAGCGAUAUGGCCCAGUGAAGGAUGUGUAUCUUCCUAAGAAUUACUACACUGGGGAGCCACGGGGCUUUGGGUUUGUGAAGUACCGUUAUGCGGAGGAUGCAGCUGAAGCAAAGCAACAACUGAACCAUUCAGUUAUUGGUGGACGUGAAAUAAGAAUUGUGUUUGCUGAGGAGAAUAGAAAAACUCCCCAAGAAAUGCGUACAACUACUCGCGUAAGCAGUGGUCGACAUGGAGGAAGCUCCAGAAGGAGAUCUCCACCGAGGUCCCCAAGACGGCAA